AGGUCUCGGAUACUGUCGUGGAGCCGUACAAUGCAACGCUCUCCGUUCAUCAGUUGGUGGAGAACACAGACGAGACCUAUUGUAUCGACAAUGAGGCACUGUACGACAUCUGCUUCCGGACUCUGAAGUUGACAACUCCAACAUACGGUGAUUUGAACCAUCUGGUGAGUGCAACCAUGUCAGGAGUGACAACGUGUUUGAGAUUCCCAGGUCAACUGAAUGCUGAUUUGCGUAAGUUGGCAGUGAAUAUGGUUCCCUUCCCACGUCUCCACUUCUUCAUGCCUGGCUUUGCACCGCUGACAAGUCGUGGUAGUCAACAAUACCGUUCGUUGACUGUUCCUGAGUUGACACAGCAGAUGUUUGAUGCAAAGAACAUGAUGGCGGCAUGUGAUCCACGACAUGGACGUUAUUUGACAGUGGCUGCUAUUUUCCGUGGUCGUAUGUCAAUGAAAGAGGUUGACGAACAGAUGUUGAAUGUGCAGAACAAGAACUCGAGUUACUUUGUCGAGUGGAUUCCGAACAACGUGAAGACGGCUGUUUGUGACAUCCCACCUCGUGGAUUGAAGAUGUCAGCGACAUUUAUUGGGAACAGCACAGCCAUCCAAGAGUUGUUCAAGCGUGUGUCUGAGCAGUUCACUGCUAUGUUCCGUCGUAAAGCUUUCUUGCAUUGGUACACUGGUGAGGGUAUGGAUGAGAUGGAGUUCACGGAGGCUGAGUCGAACAUGAAUGACCUGGUGAGUGAGUACCAACAGUAUCAAGAUGCAACGGCUGAGGAGGAGGGUGAAUUUGAAGAGGAGAUUGAAGAUGCUUGAAUGAUUGUUGUCUAACUACUACUACUACUACAACUAUACUAUUGCUACUACUGCUGCUUUCAUUGUUGUCGUUGAUAUUUCAAUAUAUAUUCAUCAUUUA